GAGACUUCAAUCACGCUCUCCGAAGGGCCUUCAUAACACUAUAUAGACGAAACAAUUUCUGGGAGGGAAAUGACUGAAAUGGAGGAUGCUUUGAGGUCCUGCACGGAGCAGCAUCUUGUCCGCGAAGAGAACCAGUGCCUCAUCAUCGAAGCAGCUAACAAGAUCUCCUCAGAGCAGACGAAAUCACGGGAUUUACUGCACAAAUUAGAAGCUGCAAAUAAGCGGUUUGCGAAGGCUGCCACUGAAAAUUACAAUCUUCAGAACACUGUCAACUCAAAGGACAAGUUCAUCACAGAACUGAAUGAGUCCAAAGCGCAUUCACAACAGAGGCUAACUGAAGCAACAGCCAAGCUUGAAUUUAUGCAGAAACAGUGCGCGUCCCUUCAGUAUGAGGUGCGCAUGGCGCAGAAGGAACUCGAGAUUCGGAACAAGGAGAGGGGGUAUGACCUCCAGUCAAUUGAUGCUGCUCAGAAGCAGCAGCGGGAAAGCGCUCACAAGAUCAUUACAUUGGAGGCUGAAUGUCGGAGGCUGAGGACUAUGGUCCAGAAGAGGUUGCCCAGUCCUGCAGCGUUGGUGAAGAUGAAAGACGAGGUCGAGCAACGGGGUAGUACCAGUUCUGCUGAAAAUGGAACGAGAAGGACACGCACAAGUACAACAGUGCAGCCAUCACUGAGAGCAGCAACUCGGAGGCAUUCUGUGUCUGAAGGUUACCUUGUCAAGUUGCAGGAGAUGGAUGAUGAAAACAAGCAUCUCAGGCAGUUAUUAGCCACGAAGGAGAGGGGUAUCCAGUCUGCGCAGUUGCAGUAUGCAGACGAGGCAUGCAAGGUGUUAGUAGUGCAAAGGCAACUCAAGGAGUUGUGGAGUGAUCAUGACUUGGAACAGAGCAACAAUUCUGAUCAGUUUGCCAGUCCUAUAGUUUCCAAGCCAGAGCAGUUGAGAACUGGGAAGCAACAAACAUCUCUGAGUCAGAGCAGAAGAAUUGUAGUAACCGACAUGCAUCUGCUUGUUGAUCUCGCCGAAAUUGAGAAACUUGAGAUGGAAUCAAGGCCUACAAGUGAAUCACAUCAGUGUAGCACAGAUGCAUCCGAUACAUAUUCCAAAAUAUUUCCACCAGAAAUAGUUGGCAGAGAUCAAAUCUCUGAAGAUGGGUUCUUUGAGUAUCCUGAGUUGAUUCAGGAUGUUUUGAAACUGAUCAUACAUAUGCAUCAAGCCAAUAAAAUAAGUUUUGAUGUCAUUCUGGAUGACGUAACACGAGCAUUGAGGAGUGAGGUUUCUGCCAAAGAAAAGGAUGCCGUGGGUUUUUCAUACCAACAGACAGAAAUAGAUAGCAUGGUGGUCACUAUGAUUGAAAAGAUCAGUUGCAUGCUUGAAAGAACCACUGGAAACAAUGUCACAAGGUCUCAACUGAUUUUGCGUGAGAAAACAGAACUCACUUCACAACUAGAGCACUUGCUUCAUGUCUGUAGUGAUGCAUUAAAUGGAAAGGCUAAUCUUCAGAAGUUCAUUGAUGAAGUUUGCUUGACCCUAGAGUGGGUAGUGAGCCAAUAUUUUUUAUGUAUUGGUGGACUAGACAACGUGGAUUACAUAAUGAAUACAUGCAAUGAAACUGAAUUAGUGAGGACAGUAAGCAUGCAGGAGAAGCAAGCAAUGCAUAGUGAAAUGGAUCCAGGAAUGCGACAAGAUCUACAGAAAGAACUUGCUAGAACAACUGAGGGACAAAACCCUGGUGCCAUCCCAGAAUAUCGUUCUCAGAUUCAGUUUUCCACUUGUAAAAUUGAUGAAGAACUGUUGGCAAGACAAGAGAUGAAUGACAAUUGUCAGGAAAGGCAGUCAGUAUCCCUUGGAGCAGAAAGUAUUGCUGCUGAUGGGAGUGUGGAAAACUCAUCUGAAGUAGAGGGAAAACAACCAACCACAGUAAUAUCCAAUGUCCUUCUCAGAAACUUUGUUUUAUUUUGGUUUUAG